AUGCUCGUAAGCCGAACUCAUCGAUCGAAAACUAUCAAUCAUCGUCGUAAUCGUCAUCGAAAACACAGUACUAACAUGUCAAAAUCUACGAGAAUCAUUCAUGUAUCGAUACGACCACCACGCCGAACUUCUCCUACGAAUACAACCAUAACGAGGUCGCAAAAGAAUGCACAACCAAUGAGACCUCUUACUAAUCAACAUCUUCAAGUCCAUCCUUAUUCACACUCCCCAAUUGGAUCACAAUGCUCUUCAGAAUCAACUGAUAUUCAACAAUAUGUUCACCCUGUUUUAAAAAAAAAUCGAUACAAUUCGAAUCGAAUAUCACCUGAUUUCGACGAUCGUUCAGCGACAACAAACAGCAGUUCGAAAGUAACAGAAGCAAAAAUGUUUCAUUCACAUUCAAGUCGUCUUGGUAUUACAAAGGAUCAGCAUGGCUAUUUGGAGCACAAGAGAAAAGCAAAGUAUACAAAUUUUCUUCAGCAAGUGAUGAAUCAUCAACGAAUAUACUUUAGACCUGCCGAGGCUAGAUUGCGUUGGAAUGCAACUGGUAUAACUGUCGCUGGUAUUCUCGGGCUUAGCGGCGCAGCUAGUGAUCGCCUAAACACGCCAAUCCAUCUGGCUGUCGACUAUCUUAAUACUAUGUAUAUUGCUGACUAUGGGUGUCAUCGAAUUCAGCGUUGGUUUAGAAACGCAUCGUCGGGUACUACAGUCGCUGGAAAUAUGAACUGCUCUGCAGGAGCAAAUUUGAAUUCAUUAAAUUAUCCGAUACAUAUCCUUCUUGAUCCUGAUAACAACAUGUAUAUAUUAGAACAUAGUAACUCAAGAGCUCUGUUCUGGCCGAAUAGUGCCUCGUCAGGAGAAAUGAUUGCAGGCACUGGUAUUUCCGGUAAUGCGAGCGAUCAGUUGUAUUUACCAUUCGGUAUGUCAAGAGAUAUGAAUGACGGUACAAUUUAUAUAGCAGAUACUUAUAAUAGCCGCAUAAUGCGUUAUUUGUAUAACGCAAGUUCAGGAACAGUAGUUGCCGGAGGAAAUGGAAGCGGAAACAAUAUUUCACAGUUGAAUUUUCCUACUAGUGUGUAUUUCGAAUCAUCGUCGAACAGUCUUGUAAUCGUUAAUUAUAAUGAAAACAAUAUUCUACGUUGGAAAAUAGGUGAUAGCGGAUGGACAUUGAUCGCUGGUGGUAUAAAUGGGUCCAGGGGUUCGACAUCGACACUUCUCAGUUCACCAGUUAAGACGACAUUUGAUCCCAUGGGAAAUAUGUACGUUGCAGAUCUACUCAAUCAUCGUAUUCAAUUAUUUUUAUCGGGUGAAGCAAAUGGAACAACUGUUGCCGGUGUUUCUGCGAUGUUUGGUAACGAUGCGACGCAUCUGAAUAGUCCAUAUGGCGUAGCUUUAGAUAACCAACUUAAUUUGUAUGUCGCUGACAGCGGCAAUCAGCGUAUUCAAAAAUUUCUUCGAUAUUGA